AUGGUGUCCGUCGACGAAGCUAUUGAAAGACUCAAGGAGACUCGGCCCCCGGCCACAGACGCCUUGACAUACCUCACCAUAGUCGAAACGAAUCUAUCCCCCGAAGUUCUCCCAACUCUAGAGGAGAUUCUCGAAGAUGCUGAGCUUACGCGCGAUAUUGGCUGGGACCUCGUGGAGAUGCUGAUCUCCGUCCCUGGUAGCCAAGGUUGCCUCGAGACCGUUGCCCGCCUUGGGAACCCCCGCGAGGUCAUUAUCAAGGUGCUCGAAGUGCUUGACUCCAAGGCCGAAUCUUCUGAGGCUGGUGAUGCCUCUGCGAGCGCAAGUUUCAUCACUCUGGUUGGCAUGCUGGGCAUCCUCCAUAGAAGACUGCAGGUCAAGGCACCAUCACGAUUCCUACAUACGACAUUGCAGACCGUUUACCGGGCAUACAACCCCCAGGGUGCCGAGACUACAGCCGCAGUUAUUCAUCUCGCGCGUUCUCUUUCUGGCAGAAAGCGACCACCGCUGCCCACUCGCCAGUCCAGCACCAAGCUCGAAACACCAUUUCAAGACAGCGACAUCUCCAAGAGCGCACCCGAUCCUGAGGCAGAUGCAGAUCAGGCCGCCGAGGGUGAGGCUGAUCUAGUAUCGCGCCUCUUACAGUCAUUUGUUACGAGUAUCCUCGAAGCAUAUGUCAACUCAAAUAGGCUUGAGUGGGCGGCACGGCACUUGGAGUAUUACAAUCCGGAGAGGAUCGUGCCGGGGAAACCUACUAUGUUACAAGCUUUCAAGCAGGUCGACGAGCUCCAAGCCAAAGAUGCUUUGGUUGGACAGUUGGUUUCUGUAGCUCGCGAUCUGGGUCUGGCGAAACUACCAUCAGCUGAGGUCAAGAAGGUCUUGCAGUCACCUUUUGCUGUGAAUCCACUUGAAGUCGAGCCAGAUCCCAAGAAUCCUGAGGGUAUCAAACUCUCAACUGGUGGAUUUCUUUGCUUGACCGCUUAUCGCAUGUUUGCAUCAGAUAUCUUUGAUGCCGACUACGAACAACCUGACGCGUACAUCUUUCCUGAGCAUCACAAUUUGCUCAAACGAUUCCUCGGAGAUGACCCUCAGACGCAGAUAGAGAGCAACCCUGGAACUGUCGAGGCCUUGUUAGUCAUUGCACUGUGGCUCCACGACCAGAAGCGCAUUAUCGGACCUAAAGGAACCGACGAUAAGGAUGUGACCUUCAUGUCGUACCACCACCUACUUACGCUCAUUUCCGUCUUCCAUCCAUCAUUGCGGGUACGGAAUGCAGCCACUGUGCUAGCGGGUCACAUCCUUCACGAAGAUCCCCACGAGGAAGACAGAUUGGGUAUUUUGGAAGACUUGUUGGAAAACUGCAUGUUCUCGUCACUGAAAGCAUGCGCAGUGACAUGGCUACGCGAGGAGAUCAUUGCCGCCCGCAAGGCUGGCUCUACGGGCCGCUUUGCCGAUCCGGACUGCCUGGACACACUUCAGUAUACCCUCUUUGAGGAUCUUGAGUCCCUUGCUGAGACAGACUUGGAGGCCUUGUGGGAGUUUUGGGUCCAGUUCGCACCCUUCCAUCUUCAGGUUGCCAACUUCGCUCUGUUCUUAUUCGGUGGUCAAGAUUUCAAGCACUUGGUUCCUGCUGGAAUGGCCGCAGCAGUUGAGCAUCGAUACGCAAGCCCAUUGCUGGCAGCCGCCAAGCGCCUGAGAGAGGCAAUAGAUAAAAAGGAUAUUGAUGGACAGGGGCAAGAAGACGAGGUUUCGAUGCAGCUAGGCAUCUUGGCCGAUACCCUCGAGCGUGUUCCAUUACAGUAG